AUGGCUCUCUGGACCGGGUUCCCUACGCGUAUUGGAUUGAAAGACAUAGCAGAGUCAUCACCGCCGCCUCGAAGGCCACUUACCUGCCGAGCCAAGAGCGACGACUUUAAGCGGAAGCUCUCAUGCCGGUUCAUCCUUCCCGACGAGAUACUCGACAAUGCAGUGACGCAGGACCACGACUCUGAACCAAUUCUCCUGCAAAUGCCAUACGAGAUCCUGCUGGCAGUCUACGACAGCGUGGCCCACGCGCCGUCCCAAGUGGCACUGGCGUUGACGUGCAAACGCAUGGCACGAGCGGCGCGAGACGUCCAACUCUGCCUCUCACCCACUUCGGCCAAGUACGCGGGGUUUCUUCCGCGGGCUGUGUUUGACGUGCCGGAGCUUAUGACGCAGCUGAAGCCAUGGAUGCCGCCAGAGCUCCGUCUCUGCAACCACUGUCUGACCAAUCGACCCCGGCACGAGCAGUACUGGAACACCGUGGCCGGCUGCGAGGUGAGCAACUUCUGGAUCACCAAGACCGGGUGGGAGUUUCGCGACGCCAGCUGGCACAAGCAGGUCCACGACAUCUGUCCGGCGUGCCAUGCUUCGUGCAGCUUGAGCGAUUUUGUCGACUGCGAUGGGUGUCGAGCUCUCGGGCGGCUUGGCGACGUGGAUUGGUCGCGCGUGUCGGAUUCGUGGCGGAGAAGGACCGAAGAAGAACUCCGGGCCGUAUGCCGACUGAAGGAGCCGAAGAACGAACGCCGGCCCCUGGCGUGCGGUCGAUCAGGACCCGGUAUCGAAGGAGCCGCGGCCGCAGAUUUCAUGAAAGUCCCUAUGCACGGCCGCUCUGACGUCGAGCCAUACUCUUGGAUGGACGGGGUGUUACUUGAGCUUGAGAUUCUCGAGGCAGUCAACGCCUCAGGGAGUGGAUACCAGCAAGACUCUCAGUCGUUCGGCAGGCGGUCUUAG